AUGGAGAACACCAAAGAAUCUAAACAUGGCAACAAACCCAACAAAGAAAACCCUAACCCUAACUCCGAGUCCGAACUGGAACCUAAAUCCAUCCCCUCAUCUCGACAGCCUUCCUGGGCGCCCUUCACUAGCCUCAGCCAACUUGAUGCCGAUCUGGCCCUCGCUCGUACACUUCAAGAACAGGAAAGGGCGUAUAUGAUGCUUAGAAUGAAUGGUGGUGAUGGAAGCGAUUAUGAAAGUUCUGAUAGUGGUCGUUAUGUUUAUGAAGAUGAAGCUGGUGAUGAUCCAAAUGAUGAUGGGAAUGAUGCUGGGAGCAGUGAUGAUGGUGAAGAUGCAUUCGAUGUGCAUGGACUGGCCCCGAGUGAGGAUGAAUUGGGUGUGGAGAUCGACCCAUCAGCGUUUGAUAGUGAUGAGGCAUAUGUGAGGGCCCUUCAGGAUGCAGAGGAGCGAGAAGUUGUUGUUCGCUUGAUGGCCCUUGCUGGCAUCAAUGAUUGUGAGUUCACUCGAACUAUGGUAUUUUAA